AUGGAGGUUGCAACCGCCAACGCAGCUUUUACCUUCGCAGUCAACAAGCCCAUGCUUUUGUUUCCGUCUUCAUCAAGAACCGUAAGUCCUAUCAAAGCCAUCAAAUCCUCUUUAAGGAACUCUAUCUCCACCGAUUUCGUCGCUCCUUCAACCGCAAUCAGCAGUUCCUCUAGCCACUUCUCCGGCCACAAGCUUCGACUUCCUUGCAUUAAUCCGGCUUCAUUUCGAAGUUCUGGCGCUAAAAGAUGCGUCAUUACUAUGGUUAUUCCUUUCACAAGAGGGCAUGCACGGGAGCAACCUCCACCAGACUUGGCUUCUUACUUGUUCAAAAAUCGAAUUGUUUACUUGGGCAUGUCUCUUGUUCCAGCUGUCACAGAGUUGAUGGUUGCUGAAUUUUUGCACCUUCAAUCUGAGGAUGAAAAACAACCCAUUUAUAUGUACAUAAACUCCACUGGGACAACCAAGGGAGAUAAGAAGUUGGGUUAUGAGACUGAAGCACUUGCAAUUUAUGAUAUAAUGAGGCAUGUGAAACCUCCUAUUUUUACUCUCUGUGUUGGCAAUGCUUGGGGAGAGGCAGCCUUACUUUUGGCUUCUGGUGCAAAGGGUAACCGUUCUGCUUUGCCAUCAUCAACUAUAAUGAUAAGAGAGCCAAUUGCACGGUUUCAAGGUCAAGCAACAGAUGUCAACCUUGCAAGAAAAGAAAUCACGAGAGUGAAGAAAGAAUUGGUUAAAUUGUUAGCCAGACACACUGAAAAAACAACUGAGCAGAUUGAAGCUGAUGUUCGACGUCCAAAGUAUUUUAGUCCCAGUGAAGCUAUUGAGUAUGGAAUCAUAGACAAGGUAUUGUACAAUGAGAGGGGCUCUAAGGAUCACGGCGUUGUUUCUAACCUUAAAAAGGCACAGCUUAUUUGA